AUGACGUUGUUUCAUGCAAAUGAUUUUAGUCACAUACUGAAAACGACCACGUGGGAGGACCCUCGUCAAAGUUUUCCGAAAGAAAGCGCCCUGAAUCUUCCUCCAUUGCCUUGCGGCUGGGAAGAGACAACUACUUCGCAAGGAGAGAAGUACUUCAUAAACCACAACAAUAAGACGACUACAUGGUUUGAUCCACGUCUUCCCGAAGAAGUGCAGAGGCCGGCGAUUCUUCAGCGGCACAGCAGUAUCAACGACUACAACAGUGCGGUGAUGAUGCCGAACCGCUACGAGGAUGGAAUUUUGAGGAUACCGCAGCCGCCCGCUGCCGUCAACGCGCAGCUAUCGACUCAGAUGGGCAUGAAGCAGCAGGCGGCCAUGUUCAGUCCUAGUUCGCAACAGCGAGUCGAGGAACUGAUCCAGGAACGUCAGCAGUACAGAAGUCGACAGCAGGAAAUUAUUCGCCAGGUAUACGUCGUGUCGUUUCUUGUCACGAACGAGCUGUAG